AUGGCAGAGUCAGCAUUACGUAGAAUUGUGACAAAUGGCAGAUCAGUGUGCAAAAACAGUGUAAGAUGUUUAUUUACGAACGCUACAACGACUGCCACUGCGACUGCAGAAACCGAGGCAUUGUCCGAUGUAAAAAGUUUCGAGGACUUACCUGGCCCUAAUGGUGUGCCUAUAUUUGGAACUGGAUUGAAAUAUUUAGUGAAUCAAGGACAAAUGCAUGAAGUACAGGUUUUGCACUAUCCAUCCUAUACUUUUUAUUUUAUAUCAUUGCUCCUCCAAAUACAGAAUUCGUAUCUUUAUCUUUGUAUAGCAAAACUCUUCAAUUAUGCUAAAAUACUUUAA